UCUGACUCACGACUCCCCUACCCGCGCCCAACCGCGUGGUCCAGUCCUCACUCAGGAGAAUAAUCUUACUUGAGAAAGAAGCCCAGAGGAAGAGGAAAGAAAGAGGAAGAAAUGACUCUUUCCCAGAUUCCAUCUCAUUGUGACCCAUGACCUGGAGCUUAGGAAGAGGCUCCUUUCAGGGGAUCAUCCUGUGAAGGGUUGUCUACCCAGGCAUGGAUUGGAGAUGGGGAGUAGGCUCUGUGGUGUCAGUGAGGCUAGACAGUAGAGAUUGUGUGGGGGCCCCCUCUGGAUGCCUGUUCAGCUCUGUAAACCAGGGUUGAAGAGACUCCUUAUGGACAGUUGACCUUCAGGGAUGUGGCCAUAGAAUUCUCUCAGGAGGAGUGGGAAUGCCUGGACCCUGCUCAGAGGGCUUUGUACAGGGACGUGAUGUUGGAGAACUACAGGAACCUGCUCUCCCUGGGUGAGCAUAACUUCCCUUCUGAAGUUGGAACCCUUUCUGCUGGAUUUGCAAUAAAAGAAUUAUCACCAAGAGAGGACAUUGAUAAAGGAGAAUUAUACCAUCUAGUGAUAUUGGAAAGAAAUGAAAGGCGUGGCAUCAAGGAUUUUGACAUCAAGGAAGUCUUGGAAAAUAUGCAUGAGCAUGACAGUGAGUGGGGAUAUGAUGCAAGAAAUGACAAAGGAGUGCCUUUGACCCAUAACAAAAGUCUCCCUCACAGAAAAGAUCAACAAUAUAAUAAAUCCUCAAUUGAUUUUCCUCAAAAGCAGAGUAUUUCAGUAAGAAAUAAUGCAUAUGAACAUUUCAUGCUUUCUGAUAAGCCAUUCAUAAGGAAUUCCUUAAAACUGAAAAAUAAUUUAAGCAAUGCUGGAAACAAGUAUAUAAAGUGUUUGGAAAAUAGAACUGAAUUAAGUUGGCAGGCACACCAGGCUGAACUGCAGAGAUUUCAAACUGAGGAGAAAAUUUCUGAAUGCAGUCACAUUGAGAAGUCUGUCAACAAUGGUUCCUCACUUUCACCACUUCAAAGAAGUAUUCCUAGUGUCAAAAACAUUUGUAAUAGAUAUAGGAAUCUUUUAAAAUAUUCUUUGUUAUAUGCACAACACAGGAGAACUCAAGCCAGAGAAAAAUCUUACCAAUGUAAUGACUAUGGGAAGGCUUUUAGCAAAAGCUCAAACCUCACAGAUCAUGAGAGAAUUCAUUCUGGACAGAGACCUUACAAAUGUAAUGAGUGUGGCAAAGCCUUUAAGCGCAUCUCACACCUUACUAGACACCGGAGAGUUCAUACAGGAGAGAAACCAUAUAAAUGUAACGUAUGUGGUAAAGUCUGCAGUCAGAAUUCAAACUUUGCAAGUCAUCAGAGAAUACAUACUGGAGAGAAACCUUACAAAUGCAGUGAAUGUGGCAAAGCUUUUAACCAGUCUUCAAAACUUAUUCAACAUCAAAGAAUUCAUACUGGUGAGAAACCUUACAAAUGUAACAAAUGCAGCAAAGCUUUUGCUGAACAUUCUAGCCUUAUUCAGCAUAAGAGAAUCCAUACUGGAGAGAAACCUUACAUAUGUACUGUGUGUGGCAGAGCUUUUAAGCAGUGCUCACACCUCACUAGACAUCAGAAUAGACAUCCUGGAGAGAAACCACACAAAUGUAAUGUCUGUGGCAAGGCUUUUACCCAACGUUCAAGCCUUAUGGAACAUCAGAGAAUUCAUAUAGGAGAAAAAUGUUACAAAUGUAAUAAAUGUGAUAAGGCUUUUGUCAAACGUUCGCACCUCUGGGGUCAUGAGAGGAUUCAUACGGGAGAGAAACCCUACAAAUGUAAUGAAUGUGGCAAAGCCUUUACAGAACGUUCAAAUCUUACUCAACAUAAGAAAAUCCAUACUGGAGAGAAACCUUACAAAUGUAAUGAAUGUGGCAAAGCCUUUACUCAAUUUGCAAACCUUACUAGGCAUCAGAAACUACAUGCUGAAAAGAAGCAUAAACCUAAUAUAUGUGGCAAUGCUUUUAUUCAAAGCUCAAGUUUUGGAGAUCAUCAGAGAAUUCAUAGGAGAAAGAAACCUUACAGAUGAUGAUUGAGACAAAACUUAACUGUUCAAGACUUACUCAACAUCAGAGACUCCAUUGUGGAUAGAAACCAUAUCAAAGUACUGUAUGUGGCACAACCUAUAACCAGGGCUCACACCUCACUUGAUGUCAGAAUAUACAUCUUUGAGAGAAACCACACAAAUGUAAUAUAUGGCAAGGCUUAUCCAAAAUUUAAGAUUUGUGGAACAUAACCGAAUUUUUACCAGAGAGAAACCUUACAAAUGUAAGUUUUAUCAGCUUUAUCAAAGAUGUACAACUCUGUGAUCAUGAAAGAAUUCAUAUGAGAUAGAAACCAUACGAAUGUGUCAAGAUCUUUAAGCAAUGACCUCAGGAUAGAAUUCUGAGGUGGUGACCACACCAAAGAAUUCAUACUGGACAGAAACAUUACAAAUGUAAGGAAGGUGAUAGAUUGUUUAACCAAUUCUCUCAAUGGACUACAAGUAAGAAAAUUCAUACUGGGAAUUUUCCUCCAUACUAGGAGGAAAUAAGUCUAUUACUUUUUAAAGUUAAUCAACCUCAGAUGUUAAAUUUCACAGAGAAUUAAAAUUUAAAAGUAUUUAAAACUCAUGAAAUGAAGUGUAUCAGUGCAACAAGAACAUCUGUUGAACGGUCCAAUUAUCUUCAGUUAAAAAAAGUUUUUAUUCAGUAAUUUGAGGUUUCUUGAAAAGGCUACAGUAUUAUUGAUGACUUAGAACCUGAAGUUUGAAAUCUGUUGAUGUUAUACUUUCAGUACAUACUUAUCAUUUCUCACCAUGAUGGUCUCAGGGAAGGGAUCGGUAAGAUGAAAGGACCUCCUUCAUUAGGUGGGGUUUAUUCAUAUCUAUGGAACCUGCAAAAACUAGGAUACUAAUUUUAAGAUAAAUUAUGGUAUAAAUUUAAGAGCAUGGGGAGUGGCAAAGAAUAGAUGUAAAACUGUUAUCUAAAUUAUGUUUUCUGUGGUCAUGGCUCCUUCUCUAGGUUUGUUGGUAUGACUGUGGACUUCUGUUGAUGAUUAUAGCAAAGGAUUGCUCUACCAGAUGAUCAUGAAACAGCAAGAGUAGGCCAGAACAUUAAGAGAAUGAGAUAUUCAUGUGAGUAGAAUGAUGGGUUACUAGAGAUGACAAAUGUGGUAGAAAAAAAUGGAGAGUGAAUGAUUGUCACCUUUAUAGCCAAUAGCUAUUAUGUAUCAUAGAUUAAUGAAAACUGGUUUUAUUUUUGGA